AUGAUUAAUGAAGCAGAAAUUGCUAACGCGAGAAAAAAACGGAUUGUUGAAUCGAGAAUUUUUCGUGAUGUGAAAAAACCUAAAAGGUUUAAAAUCAAUUGUUCUCUUAAAGAAACUAAUUUAAAAGAAACACUUGUCGCUCCAAUUAUUCAAUUGAACGCCGAAUUAGGAACCUUUUUAAAUAAGUGGCCUACUUUAAUAAAUGAACAAAAGGUUCAAAAAUUUUUUUUAGAGAGUCUAAACAUUAUCUGCUUUAAGUUCGAGACAUUGAAGCAAAUAGUUAAUUGCCUAAUACGUGAUUCCUCUUCCUUUUCCUGUGCAGUUCACUUGAAAACGCUUGAAAAACGGUUUCUUCGCUUACUGGGUCUUUUUUUUUCCCCCCUUAUUCAUUUUUUACUAAAGGCUUACAGGAAAAGCGGUAACACAAAUUGGGUACUAUUGUUAUUAAAAAGUCUUAAUCUAAAGAAUUUGGAUAGAAAUUACAAAACCACAACUCACUUUAUUGUACUGAAUGCAUUUUUUUGGACAUGGGUGCCAUCUCUUCGGUUAAGUUUUUGCAAGAAAAUUGUACCUAUAAAAGAAAAACAAAUUCAAUGCCGUACUUAUUCUCCAUUCUCUUCAAAACAUUCAGUAGCGCGUGUACCAGUUAAAACCUCUUUAAUCAAUGGGCCUUUUUUUUUCAAAAAGAAAAAAUUGUUUCCUUGUGGUAACAAUUUUUGUUCGCCUAAACAAAAAGCUGAGUAUCUACAAAGGAUACCUCAAAACGUGGGCCCCACGAUACAUACAAUGCUUCAUCAAAAUAACCUUUCAAUAUUCAUGAAAUAUGGUCUUUUUAAAAAUAAAACAGUGUUAGAAAUUGGGUGCCAUACAGGACAAACAGCUUUUGGAAUUGCAAUGCAUUGUGAACCUUGCCAUAUUGUUGGUCAAGAUAUUGAUGUUCAAUUGAUUGAGUACUGUUUACAACAAGUACGUGAUUGGAAGUACCAUUGCUACUACCAGCUUCAACAAAAAAGAAACAAUGCUCCAGUUAAGUGUGAGUCAACCACAGGAGCAAAAAACGUAUCACGAUGUAUUCCUUUACUCUCCAUGCAAGAUUUAUUAGAGGAUAAAACGGUUUGCAACACCAGUUUUCCUUUUAAUAUAAGCUUUUUAACGGAAGAUGUUGUGAAACAAUUGAACGAUCGACAAGAAACUUAUGACACAAUUUUAGCCUUUUCUGUAACUAAAUGGCUUCACCUUCAAAAUGGAGAUACAGUGCUUAAAAAAACGUUUCAAAAUAUUGUAAAACGCUUACAUUCAGGAGGUUUUUUUGUUCUACAACCACAGUCCUGGGAAUCGUAUAAACGGAAUUACUCAGGAAUUCCCCAAUAUAAAAGUCAACGUCACCAAAUUUAUUUCAAACCUCAUCAUUUUGAUACAUAUCUUCAAAAGGAACUACAUCUCACAAGGGUGGCGAUUUGGCAAGAUGACACCAAUAGGUCAUGUAUUCAAACAUACUUUCUAUAUCAGAAAAACCACGAGUAAACAAGUCUGUGUGUUUUCUGGUUAUGUUUCGCUAAGUAAGCCACUUUGGACUUUUCAAACGACACACCACCAAAAAAUCGUCAUCACUCGAACUUUUACAUCACGUCGGACCUCAACGGAAAGUCUUCAUCACGCGACACUUCCCUGUAUGGUGUCUGAUAAAAAGACACGUGUGUUGGACCUUUUCGAAUGCGCAUAUUUAUAGAAUGACAAUUAAAAAAAAGUGACUAUGUCAGUUUUUUUUUCUCGAAACCUCCGCGUCACUUUUUCUGUAAAAAUAAUUGAACUCGAAAAUUUUUUUUUUAUUUGUGUC